AUUAAAAUGGUGUACACUGCCAAAAAAUGUGGAAUUAGAUUCCAGCCUCCAGUCAUUAUCAUGAUCUAUCAAGGGGAAGCCAAGGGCAAAAAUUGCCAGCAUAUCAUGCCAGUCCAAAACUUUUCCAAGUUUUCAGACUGCAGCAGGGCUGCUGAACAGCUAAAGUAUAACCCAAGACACAAGGUCUACCUCGAGGGGGUGUCUCUGCAGCAGUUGGAGAAGUUAUUCACUUUUUUAAAAGGUUUUCUAAGGGGGCAAACCUUGGACCAAACUAUGGAACAAAUUCAGCGGGAAACAACCAUCAAUCCUGAGGAAGACCCAAACAAACUAGAUGAUAAGGAACUUGCAAAAAGGAAGAGCACCAUGGACGAACUCUUUAAGAAGAAUCAGAAAAAGAAGGAUGACCCAGAUUUUGUCUAUGACAUUGAAAUUGAGUUCCCCCAGGAUGAGCAGCUACAGGCUUGUAGUUGGGAUGCAGAGUCAGAUGAUGAGUUCUAAUACUAAACAAAGUC